AUGACUACUCCAACGCUAAGUAAAUUCUUGACACGACUCACAGAAACCAAACCAAUUACUCGUAUAAAACUAAAAGGACCUUCAACUUCUUUCAAACCAAAUCCUGCCUAUAAUAAAACCAGUGUAUUUGACAAUGAAAAAAUCAACUACACAGGAGCCAAAGACUUUUAUUCAAAACAAACAACUCCACGCUAUGCACAAGAAGUGCUUCCUGAAAAGGUCACAGAUAUAAAAGGUGUUGCAGAAGAAGCGUUUCAGGUUUUGUUUAACUCCAGAAAGAGUAGUAAAUAUCCAUAUGCUAGUUCUAACCCUUUUUUCAAACUUCAAUUUUAUCCACCUGAACAUCCAUUAGCCAAAUUCAGGAAAUCAAAUGUUGCAUUUACAUUUGCGACUUACUUUGUUAGUCUAUUCAAUAGUAACCAAUUAGAAAAAGCAUUCACUCGAUAUUCUGGAAAAUACAAGAAUCUAGUAAGUUUCCAAGUGAAACCCCUGCCUAAAUUUUCUGCAUUUGGAAGAAGUAGAACCAAAAGUGUGGCAAGACGUCUAUAUAUGGAAUUAUUAAAGGAGAAAUAUUCCGAUAGGACAAGUCAAGAACUUCAAGGAGUUUAUCACUUUAUGGUAUAUAAAGUUCCAAAGACUACUGAACAUAUUCAAGAAUUUAAACGAGAAUUAGAUCUUGCAAUUCAAAGAAUUCUAAAUGAUAGAUCUUUAAGAGCAGCGGAUUUUAGGGACUUUCACUAUGAUAGAAGGAAGUUAGAGUCUCGGGACUAUUCACCUUUCUUCCGCCCUGAGAAGGAACCAAUUCCAAGAGUUAGUUGGACACCAUUUUUAAGAAGAACACGCCGUGAUAGAUUCUAG